AUGGAUGAUAAGGAAGACCUCGUCAGAAGAAGCCAGGCCACUCACCGGAAAGCGCAGGGCAGAAGUCAUGCGGGCGCGGUGGAAGAGAGGAGCACCAGCGAGAAAGAAAAACGAGAAGCUAGAGACGGCAGGGACGGGAACGGAGGCAAAGGUGCAGGCCAGGAGAACGGCGGUGAACAGAAUGGCGGCGUCCAAACCGAUAGCGAGACAAACGCAUUGGAAGGAGAGAAGAUAAAAAUCAGCACGAGGAGUAUAGUCCUAUUCCAAGUGAUCCUCUUCCUAGUGUUCUUUUUCGUGCUUCUCAUCGGUUCAUUUAACUUCAGCUUUAAGCUUUUCCAGGUGAGGGAAAAGCACCUGUACGAGCUCCUAAACAGCAUAAAGGAUUUGUCGUCCUGUGGGUAUGCGGAUUAUCGGACAGAGGCUGAAGAAGGAGGCGGAUCCGUCCAACACGAAAACCCAGAUCAGUUAAUCAACUCCACUAAUGACCUUUCGAACGAAAGCUUAAAUUUUAAGUACUAUUUCACACGAGGGAAGCAUUACAAGAAAACAGAGAAAGAAAUGAACAAGAGGAAGAAGAAGAAGAAGAAGAAGAAGGAGAAGAAUGCAGAUAUCAAAAUAUUCAUAUGCCUAAAUAAAAAGAAGAAAUUAUUCCAUUUUACCAAUUUUUACGAUAUCAUGCAAAGGGGUAAAAAAUGUGUAUUAAAAAUUGUUACCUUUUUUUUUAACGAAAUAUGGAACGCCCUUUUUGGCAAAGAAUUGGAUAACUCCAACGAUGUAGAAGCGGACCAUUUGUUGAAUGGCGAUUAUGUAAGAUUCGGUGGGGAAGUAGCUGCUACUUAUGCCCGCUUCAACAAACUAAUGCGUGUUACCAAAUCGUAUACGAAAAAGUACUACGUCGAUAUGGAGUCCCUGUUUUAUCUCUACCUGGACGAUAUAUGCUACUACCACGACUUCGCCCUCUUGGGGGGAACUUCCCCACCUCAUCCGCAACAGCACCCGCAACAUUCGCGGAAGAAGAAAGACAUCACUCUGUUGAUAAAGCACAUAAGCAAAUACCUGAAGGACGACGUGCUGCUGAACAUGCUGCACACGUUGUACUUCGGCAUAUGCGUGGACGGCGCCGUUUUGGCCAACUCCAUCAAGGGAGGGCGAAAAAACGUGAAAGAAGAAGAAGUGAGAAAAAAAAACCUUCCCGUCUCCUUAAACAACGCACACAUUUUGGAAGACAUAAAAACGUAUCAAGGCUACUACGAGGUGCACCACAAAAUGGAGAAAAUGCGAAACGCAAGUAGGUACAUCAUUGUUCUGAGCAGAAUAACGAAGAAAAUAAAAACGAUAGACAAUUUGAAGAGGCUAAAUGGGUGUUUCAAAAAGUACAUAGGAAAUUUAAAAACAAUUCCUUUUUACUUCUUUCUGGAUGAUUUUUUCGACACGCCAUGUUAUGUGUACAACAAAUUAAUUAGAAACAUCCUACGAUAUUAUUAUAAAGGAAUAUUCCUCUACUUCAUCAUUCUUCUUGGAUGCAUUCACGUAUUCUUCUCUCCCUUCCCAAUUACGCUGGUACACUUUCGGCGAUUUUUUAUUUAUUUUUUAAUAAUGAUGUAUCGCCUAUUCAUUCUGUAUUUUAUCCCAUCCAUAAUUCAGUACAUCAUUUAUAAAUUCCAUUACUUUAAAAAGGAGGAGCACAUGCAUAUCUUUGACUACUCAGAUCACGUCAUUUUAUUUUCCACCCUCCUGUUCAUUAUAUCCCUUGAGACAAAGGCUAUUGAGUAUACUAUCAGACAUCAGAAGAUCAGCUCUGAUUAUUUCCAUUUUAAGUACAACAGAAAAUUGUGUGUUUUUUUAUUAAAAUUCAUUUUGUUUUAUUACUACGUUCUUAUUUUUUUUUUCCUUUACACGAGUUAUUUCACUUCGAAAUAUUUCCAUACCACCAAUGAGAUUUUUGUCGCUUAUUUUUUUUCCACAUUUUCCAUAUUUUUUAUUUUUUAUUUCUGUUUAUAUAAAAAUUAUUUCAGUUUUUACAGCAUAGGGAUUACUUCCUAUGUGCAUAAGAAUGCCCAUCAUGCUCCCCCCCACUCAUUUCACGCGUCCCCCUACGUUUACAGCGCCUACGCUUCUCUGCGGGACAAGUUUCCCGUGGAUUGA